AGUAUUCCGUUCUUCAUUGCUUUUAUUGGACUGGAGUUUGUUGUCAGCUGGGUUCAGAAGCGUAAGCUGUCGGGUCGGAUCAAUGAUGGCAUAAGUUCUCUUUCUUUAGGUAUCCUGUCUCGACUACCAGAUGUUUUAUUCAGAAGUAUUGACUUAAUUAGUUAUAUCUACGUAUGGAAUAACUACAGACUCUUUGAACUGCCCUGGGACUCGCCAUGGACAUGGUAUUUGACACUCCUGGGAGUGGACUUUGCAUACUACUGCUUUCAUCGCAUAAGCCAUGAGGUUAAUAUACUGUGGGCAGCACACCAAGUACAUCAUAGUUCUGAGGAUUACAACUUAUUCACAGCCUUGAGACAAUCUGUACUGCAGAAAUACACCUCCUGGAUUUUCAACUUGCCCAUGGCUCUCUUCAUUCCACCUUCAGUGUUUGCUGUUCAUCUACAGUUUAAUCUACUUUACCAGUUUUGGAUACAUACAGAGGUUAUCACCAACCUUGGGCCUCUGGAGUUGAUUCUUAAUACUCCCAGUCAUCACAGAGUUCAUCAUGGUAGAAAUCCUUACUGCAUUGACAAAAAUUAUGGUGGCACACUCAUUAUCUGGGACAGGAUAUUUGGAACAUUUGAAGCAGAAGAUGCAAAAGUUGUAUACGGCUUAACACAUCCAGUAAAUUCAUUUGAUCCCAUCAUGCUCCAGUUACGUCCCUUGGCUCAUAUUUGGAACACGUUUUGGGCCACACCUGGAUUCUGCAAUAAGCUUUCUGUCAUAUUCAAAGGGCCAGGCUGGGGACCAGGAAAACCUAGACUUGGCCUUCCUGAGGAAAUCCCAGUGAUCACUGGAAGAGAAGUUCCCUUCAAUCCAGGUGUACCAGCUUAUCUUAAUUGCUAUGCAGUUGUACAUUUUGCUGUAAUAAUGGACUUGUAUACUGAACUUCUUGGUUCCGUGACUAUGUUAUCACAGGGAACUAUUCUCCUGAGAAUUGGCUUUAUCAUUCUGUCCCUGACCUCUUUUGGACUACUUAUGGAAAACAGGCCCAAAGCAGGAAUUUUGGAAAUCAUCCGCUGCUUAAUCUUCGUAGGUGCAUACAAACUUGGCCACUUAAGGAGUCAAUUUUCUUCCUUGGGCUAUGCAUAUGAGGUUUGUGAUAUUAAUAGCUUUUAUGAUGUUUGUGAUGAACUUCAAAGAGUUCCUCAUUUUGAUAUAAAUGGUCCACUUGUGCUCUCAGUAUGUUAUGCAAUUUCUGGAUUCGUGGUAGAAAUGCUCUUAGGUGCGGUGGGUGUUAAAAAAGCAGCUAACGAUUGCAAUUCCAGCAGCAGAAGCCCUGCUCUCAGGCUCCAGCCUCUUGCCCUUGCUGCCCAGCUAAUUGGCUUGGCCGGCUAUUCUAGUGCAGCUGAGGAUUUUUCUUCAGAUAA